AUGAAGGAGAUGGUCAGGCUGACUGAAGUGAGUGGAAAGAAGGAAAAGGAACAGUGGGUGCCCUUUGCCACCAUACUCCACCGCUUUGGGCUCAAUGAAGCUAUGAGAAGAGUCCAGAGGGGCAGCAUCAAGGUCAGGAAAGACCCUAAAGACCUAGCAGAGUGGCAAUUUGCCCUUGAGGAGGAAAUCAAGUACAAGACCACAGAGGAAGCACAUGAGAAGCAAGCUUGUGCCUCUGGGAAGGCAGAGGCAGUUGCCUUCAUGAAGGUCAAAGCAGCUGGCCUCAUGGGGAUGGAUGACCCAUCUGGUCUUGCUGAGCAGGCUUUGGCUGAUGUGGGUGCUGGGAACAAGAAAUCUGUCCUGGCCAUCAAAGACAAGGAUGCAUCCACACAUGGUGAGGUGGAAACAGAGGCAGAGCCAAGCCCAAAGAAAAAGAAAGCUGCAGACCCUGAUGCUGAGGAGGCUGAGCUCCUAAGUGACAUAGGUGCCAGCAGCAACAAGGAUCUGGCCAAAAAGAGGGUUCUAAAGAUGGUGGCUCUGUUGGAGAAGGUGAAAAAGGAUUCAAAGGUGGACUCCAGCACACCCAAGGGCAAAAAACUGCUGGAUUGCCUGCAGGAGCUCAAGAAGCUGCAAAAGACUGGCACCAAGUUGAACAUGGAAACAGCCAAGCAGCAGCUCUUUGAAGAGGCUUUUGUUCAGGCAAGUGUUUGGCCCAAAUACAGCCUUCAGGAAGAAGACCUGUGCAAAAGGGUCUUUUCAGCCCGGGAUAAGGGCAAAGCCUUGAGGAAAGGCUACAAAAUAGGCCCUUCAGUGCAGAGCUUAGCUUUUGCAGCUGCAAAGUCUGGAGUGACUGCUCUUGACAUACAAGACCUUUCCAGCCUGGGAAACUUUGGGAGGAAUCAGAACCAUGUGGCUGGCCAAUUGACAUCGAAAUUUUGCAAGAGUGAAGAGUUGGAUGUUCCUUUCCCCUACUUCUUUGAAGCUCCUGUAAUGAAAAAAGGGGCAGACAAGUGGUUCUUGGCCACUGAGAAGUUGGCAGUAUUCCUGCCUCAUGAGUGGUUUGCAUGGAUGCAGGGCCACUCCAAUGUGUCAGGAAUAAGCCAGCUGCAAACUUUCUGGGAAGAACAUGAUCCAUCAGACCCCAAGCUACACAACAGCCCACUCAAAAGCCAAAGGGACCAGUGCCUGCCCUUAAUGCUCAGAGGCACAUUGUUCCAGUUCAGUGCUGAUGGGGAGUUUUUACAAAACGAUCUGAGACUGCCAGGGUGGUCACAUUCAUCUGUCUGUGUGCACUGCAAAGCAAACAAGUCCUGCACACCACACAAUGAUUAUCGGCCAAAUGCAAAGUGGAGGUCAUCUUUGGCAAAGCCUGGCACACCUCUGCCUGGUGGGCAUCCUGUGUCUAAGGUUCCUGGCCUGAAUAUAUUCACUGUGGCCUAUGACACUUUGCACUGUUUGGAGGAGGGUGUCAGUGCACACACCUUGGCAAACUGCCUAUUUGAUUUAAUCAUUAAACCAGGUGGCCUUGGAGCUGGGAGUCAAGAUCAAAAUUUGCAGAGAAUGUACAAGCUUAUCAGGCAGCAAUAUCUUGAACUUGGCAUUGAGUCAAGCAAUCAGAUCAAAAAAUUGACCCUGUCCAACUUCACUUGCAAAAACCAGAAGUAUGACAGAUUUCCUGAAAUCACAGGGUAUAAAGCCAGACACAUUCGCUACCUGGUCCCAGUCAUGAAAGAGAUCAUUCAGGAAUACACUGACCAUGAAGAUCCCUAUUGCAAACACAGGUGGGAGUGCCUGGUGAACCUCACCCACAUGUAUGACUUGAUGGAUUCAAAUGGUCUUCACAUGAGCAAGGAAGACAGCAAGGCAUUCAAGAAGGUCUGUGACCUGACUCUUUUGCAUUACUCUCGAUGUGCAAAGCUAUCUAUUGAUCAAGGAUUUUUACAAUGGAACACUGUGCAUAAACACCACUUAGUGGCACACAUGGGGUACCAAGCAGCCUUCAUGAACCCUCGCUUCAUGAGUACAUACUCAGGAGAAACCAUGGUUGGCUAUCAAGCUAGUCUUGCUCACAGUUGCCUAAAUGGCAGUGCACCACAAUUGGUGGCUGAGAAGGUCCUCUGGAGGUUUAGACUUGGCUGGCACCUGCGCUAUCUCCAUGGAGAGGAGGCUUUGUCUGCAGCCAGUGAUGACUCUUGA